AUGGCAUUCCUGUUCUCACCGCACGCUGUCUUUUUUAGUGUAAUCGUUUGGCACCUAAAUUUGGUAGACGUGUCUGCUGGGACAGCUCUGACGCUACAAAACUUGAGGUUGGUUGAGGAUGUCAGAUUUACAGACGUGUUGCCAAGAAAUGAUACUUUCUACUUAGACUCACUAGAUGAUGAUCGCAUUACGAUGUGUGCGUUAAAAUGCGUGACUCGUCUCCCAUACUGCUCGGCUAUCCUGUACAAUGGUGGACAAGGCACCUGUAAACUUUUAAAGUCUCACUUAAACGAGAGUUUGGUGGACAGAACAUCGGUGAAGAAGGGAUGGAAGUUGUUCAUUAACGACAAAGCUUGCGAUGACCAGUGGGUCCCCUUUAACGGGCAUUGUUACUUGUUCGACCAAACGAAAGCUACUAUGGAAGAUGCUGAGGUAAAUGGAGGAUUUAGAUCUUUGGAGGAAUGUAUAAACAGUUUGGGUUACACAACAUCCUCACCCGAGUGUGAUCAACAGAAUGCGCACGUGGUCGAAAUAGGGACCAGUGAGGAAAACACCUGGAUCUUGGAAAACUUCCUUCUACCCUUCUCUUACAUGUACCCAGAACCAUGUGGCAGGGCAUGUUGGAGUUGGAUUGGUUAUUCGGAUCGACAAGAAGAGGGGGUGUUUGCCUGGGUCCACAACAAUCACACAACCUGGGAAAACUGGUACCCAGGGGAACCAAAUGAUUUUGGUUCACACCAGGAUUGCGCAACUAUAUCCCCACCGAUAGGGUUGUGGUAUGAUCAUGGGUGCUCUGAUCAUCUGACUUUCACUUGCGAAAAAAAUAUGUAAAAAGUGGUAUGGUAAAGUUGAGAAAAGACCAUAACCGUAUGCGUAAAAAGGCCUUCAGAGCAAUUCUUGUAUGACUAUCAUGAUAUAAUUUGAGACUAAUGCCCCUCCCCAAUCUCAUGUAAAGCAUUGAGAACGGAAAUAAUCAAACAUUCAUCUUGAUGUAACAAAAUCAUAAAU